AUGAAUUUCUACAGUGGAUCAUUUACUUUGACGUAUUUUGAAGCACUCAUAGACCCGAGACCGAUCUGCAAACCUACCCGUUACAUCCACGCCUUUGAAGAUGAGAGCGACAGUUGGAUAUCCAGGAACUGCUCAUGUGAUCGCUUGGAUAUCUUUCUUGAUCGCGGGGAAAGCGCACAUUUCCGCAACUUAGCGUUGUCUCGCAGCCAUCUGGAUUACCUUAAUGAAAGACCGAUACAGUUCAUUGCAGUUAGACUUGUUGCGCGUGGACAAGUCCCACUGAAUAUUGUAACAGCAAAGGGCUGGAGGAAACUGGUUACCAAUUAUGAGUUGAAGGACAUUGCUUCGAUGAGCGAUCUAACGCGGGAGAUUGGCGAUGUCUUCUUCUACAGCGAAGAAAGCCUGGUGCUUAAUACGCAGCAGACGACUUAUAUAUGCGUGUUGGUCGAUGUAUAUACGCCAGCCAAGGACGGGCCUACUUAUCUAUGCAUGUUCGCAAGCUUUGUGCCCCAGUUGAUGGUUGGGCGUAAUUCAGGUGAGUUCUAUACUGCAUGGCUGAAUGACUCCUGGAAGGCUGAUAAUCUACAAUUGAUAGCAUUCAUUCCUCUAACCAACCCGUAUAAUCGCACCGAGAAGACUAAUAUAUUUCACGAAACUAUGGAAAAGUAUCAUCUAGAUAAGAGCGUUUUGUGUUUCAUUGUCAAUAGCGUUGAUAUGCCACUCACCAGUGAUGAUCUUGCACCGUAUUGUUGCGACGAAUUACCAAAGGUAGGAUUGAUUAAUUCUGCAAAUAUGGUUGUUGAUGUACUGUCGUUUGUUAUGUUCAGACAUGCAUUAAGUGAGCCAGUGAUAAACACUGUGCUCAAACAACUUGUCUCCUGGCAUGGGACUAUUAAGUGUCAAAAUAAGGAUUUGGAUUUGGAAUCAGAAAGUAAAACUUUACCACUUUCUGUUGUUGCAGAUGCCCCCAUCAAUCCUCCAGGCCUCGUGUACGAGUUUUCAGAUUUUGCCGCUUUCUUAGAAACCGAAGAGGGCUAUAUGGCCUGGUGUCAUUGGGCUUUUGACAGGAAGUAUAUGUUUGAAAGUGAUAGUCUCAGUCUGACUGUGAACUGCACGGACAUGGAAUGGCUUGCGUAUGAAUACUUUAUAAGAGUAUCAAAUCCCCUGGCGGCUCUGUUCAGGGCAUUCAACGAGAAGGAUAGUGCUGGUCUCACCUCUCACUUCAUCCUCUAUGAAUCAAUGGAGAAUUUCUAUUCGGCAUUGAGGUUGUUCUGGGAAACGGGUCUAGCUGAAAGAAUCAAUGGGAUAGAUUAUUCAUUCUUAAACCCGCCCACCGCCCUGGAUACUGCUGCAAAGGAUGCUGUGCUCAGGUGUAUCAUGUCUACCGAAAAUAUCUUUCAUCACUAUUCUGAUGCUUUCUUUACUAACCCACUCCCUUGGACAGCCAUCACUCUAAAUCCAACCAAAAAAUUCAGUUAUAUAGAACGGAUGUUCCCUGACCACGCCGAUAUCUAUAAGGAUCUGGUCUUUUCUUACCUUACAUUCUAUGUUAAUCACGAAGAUGUAAAGGGUGAAGCUAACUAUGUUGCAGAUACGGAAUUCGUAGCCUACUUAACGAGACCCCCAUUGGCGCAGGUUAAAGUGGGCGCUAAGGAAAAUAUAGUAAAGUAUUGGUUUGACAGGAAGGAACUCUGGCCGGAACUCUCCGUCUUGGCCGUAUCUAUGGUUUAUCUAAGAUGGAGCUGUACCAGUGCACUAGCCGAACUCGGUGACAUUAUAAGUGCACUCCGCAAGACUAACGGAAGCCGUCUUAGGUAUCCGAAUUUUGAAAGGUUGGUAAAGAUCCGCCAUCACCUUAUCAAGUUUGGAAUGGCAGAUAACUACACGUAUAAAUGA